AUGAUUUUUCCACGAUAUGGUUAUAAAAUUCAAUCAAAAAUGUACAAAACAGUUACAACGAAAUGCAUUUUGAAGUCUCGAAAAAUUGCUUACCCAUCAUUCCACAUUCAAAAUGGAUGCGCCCAUGUUGUAAACAAAUUGUUGGGUCAAGGGGCCCACCGGGCUUCAUUACUAACUAAAUACCUUUGAUCUACCGGAAGGUCUACCCCUGGCGGCGUGCGGUGUCCAAUCGCACGAGUUGAUAUUUCGUAGGGUAUUAUAUUGACCGUUACGUCGGCCGAACUGAUAUCCUAUGGCGCUGUUUGUAUAUUUAUAAGGGGGUCCAAUCGACCAUGGCGAGCCGGCUCUGUCUUCUGGUUCUCUCCGGGCUGCCAGGGUCGGGGAAAACCAGCCUGGCGCGAAAAUUGCAGGAGUCCUGGCAGUCGGAGGUGGCCGUGGUGCACGUCUGCUACGACGAGCUCAUCCCGGAGGACCUGAAGCUCGAAAGGCCGGAGGAAGACGAAGGGGAGGAUCGCAACGGCGAUCAACAGGCCGUCAGUUUGUGGAAACAACACAGAAGAGCUAUCCACCAUAAUGUAGAGAAGUUACUCAGGAAAUCCAAGAGCUUGCCAGAAGAGGAGAACUCUACAGACGUCCUUCCAGACUUAGAUGCCAAGUUCCUGAAGUGUGCCAAAUUUGCAGAAAGAAAUGGCAGAGGAGGGGGCGACAACAAUGCAGAUCUAGAGAGACAGUCUUCCCUUGUAGUGAUCAUAGAUGACAAUAUGUACUACCGCAGUAUGAGAUAUCACUACUAUCAACUAGCUAGAAAAUAUACUAUUGGCUUCUGCGAAGUCUUCCUCCACUGUGACGUGGAAACAGCUCUGAAGAGGAAUAUGGAAAGACAAAGUCCUGUUGCUAGGGAGACUGUGGUUGCCAUGGCAACAAAGAUAGAACCACCCAACCCCAACAGGCACUCCUGGGAAGUGAUGUCAUUCAAUUAUGAGCAGGCAACUACUACAGAUGAGGAGACAGCACUUGAGGAGAUCCGUGAGCUUGUUGCAGUAGCAAUAGCCAAUCCCGUGUUGGCCAUCCCUGAAGAAAACAUGGAAGAAAAGGAGCAGAGUCGGCUGAUCUGCUCCAUGAAUGUGCUACACCAGGCUGACCAGAUCCUCAGAAAGUGCAUCUCUGACGUCAUGGGGUCGGCUAAAGCUGACAACAGGAUGGGUAAGGCAGAGCUGAAGAUUCUUGGCAGACAGCUGAAUAAGAUCCGUGCGGAGCUCCUGGACGACCUGAAGCACCAGAAGCUGCAGCUGCCUCCCAUCGAGUCUGUGGGGCCGCAGCCUGGCGCAGAGCAGGAGGGGGACAUGUCCAGCUGCUCCUCUCUCACAGACCUGGACUCUCCCACAGAGGUGGAGGUCAUCGAGGUCAAGACACUGGAGGGGUACAUCCUGAGACUGUUCAGGGAGAGAAGGGCUGCCAACCCCGGCACCAAGUCGACCUAACUCAGCACCUCUCUAACAUACUCAUCAACACAUCGACUAAAGAAUGGUGGUCAGAUUUAACGAUUGCUUUCCAUGUUGGUUUGUACACAGAGCAGAAGUCACUGAUGAUAUCAUUCAGGACCUGGUGUGUUCUGCUGAACCAUGAUAGUCCAGCUUUUCUGAAGUUUCUACAGUGUAUUAUGUAUUUAUGUAUAAUGUAGAGUUUUUAUCAGUAGGAGCAAAGUUGAAUGUGAUCUGUAGAUUUGUUGCACAAUUUUUUUUAGCCUCAAUCAUGCAAAUUCUAUUAUUGACAACAAAGCAGCUAAUGUAACUGUAGUUUUUAGAUUUGAUACAUACAUGACAGGUUCUUUGUAGAUAUUGUAAUGAUAUUAUUAGAUUUAUUAUUUGUUAUAUGACUGUUUCUGAAUAUGUACUUAGUACUUCAUACAUUUACGUUGCAAUAGAAAAAAGAUAGUAGCUCUGCAUCAGUAUGAGUUGUUGUUUUUUUUUAUCAGGAAAGCAGCUAGAACAGGUUUGUUGUUCUUUAUUUAUUAUUGACCUAUAAUAGGUGCACUAGUCUCUGUGUUUAUUUUUCUAUUUUCAUUUCCAUCUGAGUUGUACACGUAUGUUGUUGAUAUAUGAGAUAUCAUAGUUUGUGUAAAGAUGUGGUAUAAGACUGUAGCAUUAGAUAUAUAUUAUUAUUAAUGUCAAGAAUGUUAUUAAGAAAUUAAAUGUUAUCAUUAGACAUUCUAUCAAACUUAUACAUGCAGCAUAUAAAGACAUGUCGUCUGGAGCAUGUUUCCAUGUUGAUUGUGAAAACUCAGAUAUUCACUGUACGUCUCAUUCUGAUAUGCACGACCUCAGAAACAAAGCAAUGCUGAGGUACACACAUAUAUUAUACUGCAUUGGUGUUUGUUUCUUGCAAUUGGUCUGACUUUUCAACCAUCAUUACUCUAGAGUACAAAAAAAUGUAUAUCUGAUUCAGUAGAGCUGUAGUGUGGUGUUCUGUGCAUGGCUGUUCCAGUACCCUGGAAGUCAAGCAUUUAGUUCAUGCAUGCACACUACUGCCAUCACAUUGCCAAGGGAAAAGUCACAUUCAUUGGAAUGUAUGUGGGUCACAUGUC